AUGUUUAGGUCGCAAAGCAGCGACUCUUGGGGCACCCGCGGCAACAAGCAGGACCACAUGCUGCUCAAGCGAGACGGGUCGGUCAGUGACUCUGAGAGCUACCUCCGUAUGAUCCGCUACGAGGAGAGUCGCACUGACGACAACGAAACUCAACUGUCCCAUUCAGAUGCUCCCCAGCCCCAGCAUCAUUGCACCCACACGGGCGGGAUGAUGACCCAGAGACACAGCGUCUUGGGGCACCAUGAUGACCGCCAUCUCCUUCGCAUGCACAACAUCUGGUACCUCUCUCCCCUCCAGGCCGCUAGCCAGGUCUCUCCAGUUGUCAAAUACAUCUACGAGUGGGUGAUGAACCAGGCCAGGGAUCUUCCCGGCAUUGCCCCAGAGAGAAUCAACGGUGAUGCACUGCUGCACAAUUUGGAGGAGUCUGGUUCAUCCGCUCGGAUCAAGGAGUACUUCAAAGCACUCUUCACCCCUCCGCCCAGCAGCCGCGUCCAGGGCGUCAGAGACCAAACCAUGUGCUACGGAGUCGUCCCUCACCGGGAGAGCAUCGAGGGUCCCAGACCCCCAACCCCCGCCAUGCUGUAUGGCUACAGCCUCGACGUGUUUUCCGAUGCCGAGAAGCAGCAGCAGACCCUUUUCGAGGCAGAAGCCACCCGGGCUUGCCUCUACCCUUUCUUUACGAUCGAAGUUCAGGGUGAUGGUCCAACCUCGACGGGCUCCCUGUGGGGAGCUACCAACACGUGCCUCGCCAGCUCAGCCGGCUGCGUUGCCCUCUUCAACAAGCUCGAGCGCCGAGUCCAUCAAGUCACCGGUCCAUUCUCCCCCGAGCUCAACAACGUCGCCUUCAGCAUCGCCAUGAACGGCACCGAAGCCCGACUCUUUGUCACCUACCGAAUGGACGAAGGCAUGUACGGCAUGUACAAGGCCAAGAGCUUCCUGCUCCAGGAUCCAGAUCACCACAUCAGAUUCCACAAAUGUGUCCUGAACAUUAUUGAAUGGGGGCAGCAGCGACUCGUCAAGAUCCGAGACGCUCUACGAUACCUGCGAGCAAACGACCCGAACGAGGCCAUGAGGACCAACACCAACUUCCGGUACGCUGACCUUGGUGAGAUCUGA